UGUGACUGGUUUGACGUCACGAGAGUUAUUUCCGGGUGUCCCAGCUGAAGUGACAUUUGGCUAGCUGAUUAUUUUAUGCUAACAAAUAUCUAUUUGGGACAAAAUGAAUCGUAUUUUUGGUCGAGGAAAGCCCAAGGGACCCCCACCCAAUCUAACAGACUGUAUUGGAGGUGUGGACUCUCGGGCUGAGUCUAUUGACAAGAAAAUUGCAAGGUUAGACGUUGAGCUUGUCAAGUACAAAGAUCAGAUGAAGAAGAUGAGAGAUGGGCCGUCAAAGAACAUGGUUAAGCAAAAGGCCAUGAGAGUGCUGAAGCAAAAGAGAAUGUAUGAGGGCCAGAGAGACAAUCUAAUGCAACAGUCUUUCAACAUGGAACAGGCCAACUACACAAUCCAGACCCUCAAAGACACCAAAACUACCGUGGACGCCAUGAAGGUUGGAGCCAAAGAGAUGAAGAAGGCAUACAAGAAUGUAAAGAUCGAUCAGAUUGAGGAUCUCCAGGAUCAGCUGGAGGACAUGAUGGAGGAUGCCAACGAGGUCCAGGAAGCCAUGAGCAGAAGCUACGGGACGCCAGAGAUCGAUGAUGAUGACCUCGAAGCAGAGCUGGACGCCUUGGGAGAUGAGCUCCUUUUGGAUGAGGACAGCUCUUAUCUGGAUGAGGCCACCAGUCACCCCUCCAUCCCUGAAGGAGUGCCCGGGGAGAAGAGCAUCAACCGGGAUGGAGUUUUGGUGGAUGAGUUUGGCCUGCCCCAGAUUCCAGCCACAUAGGAGCCCACACCAAGACCCGUCAUUAGUUUUUUUUUUUUAUGUAUAACAUUUUUAUAUUUAUCCAACUGACACUCCCAGGUCAUGGUGGUGACCAGAAUAAUAUCAACCAUUGGUUAUCAGUGGAAAAACAAAUCCAAAACAUUUGGUUAAUGUUGACAGCCUAUCUUGAUCUUGUUAUGGAUAUUUCUCUCUAUGGUGAUUCUUGGGAAAUGUGGUUUCUCUCAACUUUAUACUGCAGCAUUGUGUGUCCAAGAACCAAUAAAUGUAAUAUAUAUUUCA